AGAGGUAAGAACACAUGGUCUCGGCCGAAUUUGGCUGUUGGAACAGUGCACACAAGACGAACAGAUGGGACCUUUGUCACUCAGAAUAAAGAAGCAGGAAGUGUAAUAUCUGCCCGGAGAAAGGAGUAUUAAAAGCAGAUAUGAGACCCUAAAUGCGGUGUGGCAAAAUAAAUAAAGCCUACAACUCCCAGUGUUCAGAGGGUCUGAAACGCGCUCCCUUCUGGGGUACUUGAUGUGUGCGGGCUGGGCGCUGGUGGAAAUCGAACCUCGUGGUAUGUUCUGUAGGAACCUGAGGGAGCUAACUGAAGCCUAGCUCCUGCUGCGCUUGCGGCGCAGUCUACCUUAGAGCUGCUUGAUUAUCAACGCACACAUUUUCGUGGAGAAGUCUCGUGUGUAUAUUCAGCCAUGGCACAACUCCAGGCACGUUUCUACAGCGAGAACAAGAAAUACGCAGUGGAUGAUGUCCCUUUCUCAAUCCCUGCCGCUGCUGAAGUUGCGGACCUUAGUAACAUUAUCAAUAAGUUGCUGGAGACCAAAAAUGAACUCCACAAGCAUGUCGAGUUUGAUUUCCUUAUCAAGGGCCAGUUUCUUCGAGUGCCCUUGGUCAAACACAUGGAACUGGAGAACAUUUCAUCGGAAGAGGUUGUGGAACUAGAAUAUGUGGAAAAGUACACCGCACCCCAGCCAGAGCAGUGCAUGUUCCAUGAUGACUGGAUCAGCUCAAUUGAAGGGGCAGAAGAAUGGAUCCUGUCUGGUUCUUAUGAUAAGACUUCUCGGAUCUGGUCCUUGGAAGGAAAGUCGAUAAUGACAAUUGUGGGACAUACAGAUGUUGUGAAAGAUGUGGCUUGGGUGAAAAAAGACAGUUUGUCCUGCUUACUACUGACGGCCUCGAUGGACCAGACUGUUCUCUUAUGGGAGUGGAAUGUAGAGAAGAACAAAGUGAAAGCUCUGCACUGCUGCCGAGGGCAUGCUGGGAGUGUGGACGCCAUCGCAGUCGAUAGCUCGGGAGCUAAGUUUUGCAGUGGCUCCUGGGAUAAGAUGCUAAAGAUCUGGUCUACAGUCCCUACAGAUGAAGAAGAUGAAAUGGAAGAAGCCACAAAUCGACCAAGAAAAAAGCAAAAAACAGAACAAUUGGGACUAACAAGAACACCCUUGGUGACCCUCUCUGGCCACACAGAAGCAAUUUCCUCAGUCCUUUGGUCAGACGCUGAAGAAAUCUGUAGUGCAUCUUGGGAUCACACAAUUAGAGUGUGGGAUGUUGAGUCUGGCGGUCUUAAGUCAACUCUGACAGGAAAUAAAGUGUUUAAUUGUAUUUCCUAUUCUCCCCUUUGUAAACGUUUGGCAUCUGGAAGCACAGACAGGCAUAUUAGACUGUGGGAUCCCCGAACUAAAGAUGGUUCUUUGGUGUCGCUGUCUCUCACCUCACACACAGGCUGGGUGACAUCAGUGAAGUGGUCUCCUACCCAUGAACAGCAGCUCAUCUCGGGCUCUUUAGAUAACAUUGUGAAGCUAUGGGAUACAAGAAGCUGUAAGGCUCCUCUCUACGAUCUAGCUGCUCAUGAAGACAAAGUUCUAAGUGUGGACUGGACAGACACAGGGCUACUUCUGAGUGGAGGAGCAGACAAUAAAUUGUAUUCCUACAGCUAUUCCCCUACCACUUCCCAUGUGGGGGCUUGAAAAUGAAUGGCUGAGAAGAGACUUCCUUGUUGGGUCUUGUCUUAAUUCUUAGUGUCUCACUGUUAUUUCAUAAACUGAAUCAAAUUUGAGAGAGGACUUAUAGUACAGCUCAGCUGGUAGAAUGCUUGCCUAAAAUGUGCACAGCCCUGCAUGCUAUCUCCAGCACUGCCCAAAGAAAAAUGGGCAUGGUAGCACAUUCCUGUAAUCCCAGUCCUAGAGGUUGGAAGCAAGAGCAUCAGAAAUUCAAGGUCACCCUCUGCUGUAUAGUGAGCUUAAAGGCAGCCAGCCAUGGUUCCCUGAGUCUCUGUCUCCAUAAGAAAGAAAUCAAUGGAUAAUCCUCUGAUAUCAUUGUCAAUGCAGAGACAGGAAGCAGCCUUUUAAAAUUUGGAUAACAGUUCAUCUUUCAUAAUAGCAACAUUUUACUGUCUUUGUCCUUCGUGCUUAUAAAAUACAGUAAGUAUGUGGUCUGAAUUCUGUCUACAUUUUACCCUAUGUAGACUCCUAAAACUUGAAUUUCAGAAAGUAUACUUUUUAAAGGGAUAUAGUACAAAUGUAGUAAAUUUGUUUUUUUUUGUCUUUUUGUUUUGUUUUAGUUUGACUUUUUAGUUAGCUAUUUGAAGAGAAACAUCUAGAAAAGACUAAUAAUGCUAUAGGAGCCAGGCAUCAUAGCACACACUUAUAACCCUAGCAUUUAAGAAGUAGAAGCAAAAGGCUUGGGACUUGAGUAGGAUUGGCUUCAUAACUAGUUCAAGUCAGGAGCAGGAUGAGACUCGGUCUCAAAUAAAGAAAAUGAAAACUUAUAGGAGGGUCAUCAAAAUGGCUCAGUGACUAAAGAUGCUUGCUGCCAAUUCUGAUAGCGUGAGUUCAGUUCUCAGGUCUGAACUCCUGCAAGCUGUCCUUUUCCCCACACACAUGCACACAUACUGUGGCAUGCAUACAACUAACCUGUAAAUAAAUUUAAAGAAAAAAGAAGUUUAUAAAAGUAUGGGGAAAACAGUCAUCUAACAUUAAAAGCAAAUAGUAAAAAACAACAACAACAAAACACCACACACUAAAAGGUAGUGUGUAUAAGAAAAUAAGACUGUUGAGUGUUCAGAGCAUUAAAACAAUGUAGAUGUUAAUUUGUCCAUUCAUUGAGCAGCAGGGCAGUGAUGGUUCACAUCUUUAAUGCCAGCACCUGGGAAGCAGGUGGAUGUCUGUGGGUUCAAGGAUAGCCUGGUGAGUUUCAGGACAGCCAGGGAUAAACAGAGAGACCCUGACUCAAACGCAAUAAAAAAAAAAAAUAGUCUUUCCUGACUUAACUGUCUAGGCUGAUAAUGCAGUACGUAAUGAGUAAGAUUAAGGUAAAAAGGCUGGGUUGGAGGGGCAGCUCAGCAGUUCAGAGCACUUGCUGCUCCUGCAAAGGACCUGGAUUCCAUUUCCUGCAUCCAUUUGGCAGCUCACAGCCGUCUGAAACUCCAUUUCCUGGGAUUCAGACAUUUGGCCUCCUGGGCACCAGACACAAAUGGUACGCAUACGGCAUUCAAGCAUUCCGAAGAACAAAGGUGAGGAGGCCCAUGUAUCAAAGACAAAUGGAAGAAAGGGUGUGGCAUCUGAAACUGGCCCUUUACCUAGUCUUAAUCUCAAUCCUGGUUCCAUGGCAACCUUAUUUCUGUUCAGGCCAUUUCAACAGGGAAGCCCGAAAAGCCAGGGGCCAGGUAUCAUUGACGAGGAUUGUAUCUAAGCCUCUUAAUCUGCCAAACUUUUCUCCUUCGGGCUAUUUAAGUGCUUAGAACUUAGUCCCUAACCAGGAAAGUAAGAGGCCAACACAAGACUAAAGGAUCUAGCCAUCUUUUAACAUGCUUUUCUUUUUCUUCAAGCGUUGUCUUCCUCUCCAUGGUCCCUUUCCUUCUAGCAGAAACAGGCUUUACAAGUUUGUUUCUGAGGUUCACCUGGACCUGCUCACCUAUCGCUGGGAUAAAUUGGAGUAUAGGGAUUAUUUAUGCUGUCUCAUAGGAAUGGAGUCUGUAAUACAUCGAGACUGGAUCUCCUACCUAACCAAUAUCUGUUAUUAGUGUUUAUAAUAAAACUCCUCAAUUUAAAAUUAGGCUUAGGCAGUGGAGGAUAACUUAGUGAUAGAUAUCAUUAGUUAACAUGUUUGAGGCCUUGUGUUAAAUAGGUGUGCUCACACACACAAAUUUAGGCUGAAUAUACCUAAUUAAGUCAAUUAAAGGGAAAAACUGAAUUAUUCAACUCCAGAAUGUUGUUAGGGAAAAGGCACAAAGUGAGAGGCAGACAUUAGAAGUUAGCCUCACUGGUGUCCCAGUGCAGAGAAAGGAAGACGAGGUAGUAAAAAGGCUGUAAACAGCGGUGGGAAGGAAGUCAGCUGUCAAGGAUCUCAUGUUGAGAGGCAGCUGAACCACAUUUGGACAGGUGAAAGAGGGGGCAGGUUGUUUCCAACUGAGGGAGAGGCACAGAAAAAUCUAAAUAGCUUGAAUACCGUUAGAACAUAAGUGUACAUAAUACUUCAUACACCAGGAAAUUUUACUUCCUCUGAAGCCACCUUUAGAUUCCUAGAAGCAAUAAUAUUUUAUCGUGGAAAAUACGAAAAGAAAACCUUGCUUUACCUGGAGAAGACCCAGUGGAAGCAAGGCAUUUAAAAUUUAUAUUUUAUGUAGAAUACAGAAAAUACCCUCUUAGAAUUCCAUUUGGAACUUAACAACUAUGCAUAGCCAUAUAUCUAUGCCUUCCAGGCUCUAGGGAAAGAAUGACUGUUUAAUAUGAUGUGUGACCCAGUCCGUGGGUCAGUCAAUAGGGUCUGCAAGAGAAAGAGUGGGGACUGAGGAGCAAGGGACUUGAAGAAUGGAGACAACACAGGCUAUCUGCUCAAGGUUCAAGUCUCCUGUCUCAUUUAUUGAAAGGCAACUAUGGGUAAUAUAUGCACUCACUGGGUAGUGAUAUGUGCAGCUGGAGACACUUAACCACAGGUCCAGGAUGUAUAGGAGAAAAACAAGAUGUUAUCAGAGUGUGUACAGCUGUGGUAGGCUUGCAAAAACAUGCUAGGAAAACAAGUCUCUCAUCACAGUGGAAAAGUACCACAUGUAAGUAAAUUGCCCGAGAUGGCUGCAGAGAUGAUAGCAGCUUUCUGCUAAGAGUCGGCUCCCAACAGAUGUGCACAUAAUUAUACAAUUAACCCUGUGUCUUGGUGUUUGUUUUGGUUUUGUGCUAUGAUAAGAUCCUACAACAAAAGCAACUUAUGAAAUAUUUAAUUUGGGACUCAGAAUCAUUAACUGUACUUCCAGGUGAUCUGGUGAUCCGAUGCAUACACAUAAACACAGGCAAAACAAUCAUUUAAAAUAAAUCUUUAGGGCUGGUGAGAUGGCUCAGUGGGUAAGAGCACCCGACUGCUCUUCCGAAGGUCCGAAGUUCAAAUCCCAGCAACCACAUGGUGGCUCACAACCAUCCGUAACGAGAUCUGACACCCUCUUCUGGAGUGUCUGAAGACAGCUACAGUGUACUUACAUAUAAUAAAUAAAUAAAUCUUUAAAAAAAAAUAAAUCUUUAAAGAAGGAAAGAUCACAAUGGGCAUGGUGUCCAAGGCCUUUACUCCAGCACUCAGGAGUCCAAGAAAGGUCUAUCUCUGAGCUUGAGGGCCACUCUGGCCUACAGAGUGCCUUCCAGGCCAGCCAGAGCUACAUAAUGAGACCUUGCCUUAAGGAAAAAAUCCUACCACCAGCUUGGAUCUCAUUUGUGGAGCCCCACAUCCCAAGUCAUCUUACCUUCUUUUCAGUUGUAAGAACCUAUGAGAAAGGAUAACAUUUUUAAUAGUAUAAAAGUUUUAUGUUCAUGGAAAAGUAGCAAUUGUAUAUUCUUAAUUCAAUCUCAUGUAAACAUUUUAAAAGUGUUAAAUCCUUUAUUUUCUAAAAAUGAGUUUUGGGGGCUGGAGAGAUGGCUCAGCGCUUAAGAGUGUUUGGACUGCUCUUCUGACAGUCCUGAAUUCAAAUCCCAGCAACCACAUGGUGUCUCACAACCAUCUGUAAUGAGAUCUGAUACCUUCUUCUGGGGUGUCUGAAAACAGUACGUGUGUGUGUGUGUGUGUGUGUGUGUGUGUGUGUGUGUGUGUGUGUGUAAAGGCGUUUUGGUUGGUUUUGUUUUUGUUUUUUUUAAGCCAUGCUGCCUUACUUUUUGGUUGUUUUUUGGUGGUGUUUUUGUUACUGUUUUGUUUGGGGUUUUGGUUUGGCUUGUUUGUUUGUUUUGGUUUUGAGGUGGUUGGGUUUGUUGGUGUUGUUAGUUUGGUUGGUUGGUUGUUUUUUUUUUUUUUUCCCAGACUGUUUCUCUCUGUAGCCCUGGCUGUAUAGACCUGGCUGACCUUGAACUCACAGAUACCUACCUUCCUCUGCCUCCUCUGCCUCUGCCUCUGAGUACUGGGAUCAAAUGUGCACACCACCACACCCAACUCUGCCUUGCUCAUUUCUUAGGGCACUAGUAUAAGCCAUUUAAACACCCUGAUCAGCCCUACCGGUUGAAGAGUGUUAAUCCAUUUUAUAAAUAGGAAUAUCCUGAGGAAAUCCUGGUUACUGCCCAGAAGCUUCAUCAGGAGUUCAGCAUGGUUUGCCAAGAGACAUUUCUACACUCAUGACACUGCUUCCUAGUGAUCUGUGACACAGGUACUGUAGUACUUGAAAACAUUGUGCCUCUUUCUGUAACAUGCCCUGAGUUAGUGAGAAACCCACCAGGGCUGCUGACUUCCUGCUUGUUCCUUGCCAGGACUUUCUGUUUCAGGUAGAGCUGGAAAAGUUGUUCUCCUGAAUUCAGUUCUAACUCUUGGAGGAAGUAUUACCUAAAACAGCCAAGAAACAAGCAUACCAUUGACAUGGUAACAUCUUCAAAGGUGUUUUGCUUACUGUUUAGGAAUCAUUUGCCAACUUACAGCUGAAGUCUCACCUGACACUUUUCUCACUUCUCCACCCUUUUAUUCUGAGAUAAAUAUCAACUAUUUAUUAGUUUUUAUUGUUUUAUAUACACCUUUGUAAUUUUAUUUUGUAUAUUUUUUUUUUUGUUUUGUGUGGUUUUUUUUUUUUUUUUUUUUUUUUUGAGGCAGGGUUUCUCUGUCCUGAAACUCACUUUGUAGACAAGGCUGGCCUUGAACUCAGAAAUCUGCCUGCCUCUGCCUCCCAAGUGCUGGGAUUAAAAACGUGCGCCACCACUGCCCUGCUUAUUUUGUAUAUUUUUAAGUUCUUCUAAAAACUUAAUUCUAAGGUAGAAACAGACUCUUUAGUCUAAGUUCACAUAUCCCCUCAUCAUUUUCCCAUCAGUGGGUGGUUAUAGUGGUGCCAAUGUCAAAGGUGGCUCCUCUUCAGAAUCUGCAAGGGAUAUUUGUUGUUCGCCUUCCCACAUCUAGAAUGUUAAUUUAAUUUAUGCUCCUUGUUAUAGUUGAUGAACAUAAUUCACGGUUUGUAGUUUCACUGCUCCCAUUUUAAUGUUAAAAUACUGUAUUUACUUUUUAAAAUGACUUCGGUCUUUAUGAAAUUUGUCUUCUUAAUUCUGAUAAAUCCUCUCACUCUGCCUAUAAUUUUGGAAAUUGUCAGCAUCGUUAGAGCAUUAGGGAUUACUUUUGCUCAUCAGGAAUUUACAUUUUUGUAUUCACAGACAAAAUAGAAUUAAUAGGAAACCCUAAGAAAACAUACUCAUUUACAUCUGAUGUAUUCAUAAGUCAAUAAAAGUGAGCUCAUCUAUAAUCACUACUUAAUUACAUAUGUAGUAAAUAUUAUAUACUUCAGUUAAAGUAAUACACAUUAUCCAUUCAAUAUGUGUUGUGUUGAACAGAGAAGUCUUUAUUUUAUUUUUUGUUUAAUUGUGUUCCCCGUUACGAUGACCUCUGAAUCUUAGAAGUUCAAGGUAGGAAAGCACCAGAGGUACUGAGUGCCCCUAGUAGAGUUCUUUGAAGUAGCCCAGUCACCUUAUAAAACUUAAAAGUAUUUUUAUCCCAGUGUUUGCCAGUCUGAUCUGGGUGGCCAGUGGCUCUGUAUCACUCAUACUUCUCAUGCUUUUCUGUAUUCAUCUCCAUGGGAACUAUGAAAUAACAAUCCUUACGGAAGGACUCCAUCUGAUCCUUGCCCUUUUAAUGGCUGAUUUCUCUUUUUCUACUGACGUCAGUCUUCUCCCUUCUGUAAGUAAAAUUAGGUAUGCAUGUUAAGGAAGUUUUGUAGUCAGUAAAUGCAUCUUAUUUUCAUUAGCUUAUUUCAUAACUCAGGGAACAACACACUUGAAAGGUCAAUAGUUACAAAACCAACAUGACUUUUUGUAACUCACUUCUCCACCUAACUAUAUUUGAUUGCUUAGGUAACAGCAACAAAAACCCCCAGAGUCUUAAUUUCAGAUUGUUCUAGAUAGGCAAAUUAUACAGCUCUGUGCACACUAAAAGUGAUCUUGCAGUUACAUUGCUUCGUGUGGAUGGUUUGUGAGUGACUGAAUUGCAGACUCACAUUUCACCAGCUGUCAUUAGCUUCCAUUUAAAGGUUUUCUAUGUAAGAUAAAACUACAGUUCAACCAUCCUAAUUUAUACCUGUGCGUUUAAGGUUCUUGUCGAUUAACCUCUGCUGUGGUAUGGCCAUCCUUAGCAUUUAGUCCUCAUAUCCUCUGGUCAGAUGGCAUAACUGUAGGUGCAGUGACAGCCUCUCAAUUAGACACUGGGAAAUUGUACAUAUUUAAAAGUGACUUACCGAAAAUUUCUGUUUUUUUGGGUAUAGGUAUAUUUGUUUUAUAGAUUGUUCUGGCCGUUUAAAGUUAUUUUAUGAUUUUAAUAAAAUGUUAUUUUAGUUGUU